AUGUAUAUCCUUCAUUUGACAGGAAUAUUUCCUACAUCAUCAUCAUCGACAACAACAACAUCAACAACAACAACAAUUUAUGGUCAACAACGUUGUAUGAAACCGGUAUUAAUACAAAUACCAGAAUGUCAAAAUACAUUUUAUAAUUAUACUGGUAUGCCAAAUUUAAUAGGACAAGAGACACAAUUUGAUGCAAGACAUCAAUUACAAACAUUUAAACCAUUAAUCACUUAUAAAUGUUCAUCAAAAUUAAAUUUUUUCUUAUGUUCUAUUUAUACACCAAUGUGUGAUGUAAAUACACAUUAUUUAAUUGGACCAUGUCGUCCAUUAUGUGAACAUGUACGUGCAAGAUGUGCACCAUUUCUUAGAGUAUUUGAUUUUAAUUGGCCAGAAAAUUUGAAUUGUUCACGAUUUCCUAUAAAAAAUAGUGUUGGUGGUGCAAUGUGUAUGGAAGGUCCAGAAGAUUUAGAAGAAGAUAUAAAUUCAUUGAAAAGUGCAAUCAGUAGUAGUAGUAGUAUUAUUAAUAAUAAUCUAGAAUUAAAUGGUAAAUUCAAUAAACCAAAUCAUAAAGAUCUACCAUUAGAUCCAUCUAUGAAACAAAUGUUACAAGUAAUCAAUUUAGACAAUGAAAAAAUCAAUAACAAUCAAAUGAAAGAACAAGUAACAAUCAAAGAAACACAAGAGAAUGAAGAACAAUUAGAAUUAAAUCAAAUCAUGGAGAAAUUGACCAGUGAAUUCUUAAUCAAUAAACAAUUUCUUCCUAAUACUUUAAUUACAUCACAUAUAAAUAAAUAUCCAUUAUCAUUGCCACAAUUAGCUCAAUCCAUACGUUAUUGUUCACAUUUUAAAAAAUCAAUAUUUUAUGUAUAUAUUAAUCGUACUGGACGAUGUGCUCCAUUAUGUGAAUCUAAUAUACUUUAUACAACAGAAGCUAAACAUUUAUCCAUUAUGUGGACUAGUAUAUUAGCUGGUAUUUGUAGUUUAAUGACAAUAUUUACAUUAAUACGUUAUAUAAUGAAUUUAAAAGAUUUUCGUUUCAAUGAAAAACCAAUUAUUUAUAUUGCAUUAUGUCAAUUAUUUUAUGCAUUAGGAUUUGGUUUAAGUUUAAUAUUAGGUCAAUCUAAUGUAACAUGUGGACAAGAUUUAGAUUCUGGUCAAAGAAUUCGAUUACAAGAAGGUUUAGAUAAUGGUCUAUGUGUAUUUAUAUUUAUAAUACAAUAUUUCUUUUCUAUAGCUAGUUAUAUUUGGUGGACAAUGCUUGUUAUUCAUUGGGCUUUACAAAGAAUCAGUAUGAUUACAUCAUGUAUUGGUUGUUGUAAUACUCAUCCAUCACAAUUAAGUAAUAAUAAUAAUAGUGGAAAUAUUUGUAGUAAUGAUAAUAAACAAUUAAAUCAUAUUGAUGAACUGAAUACUGAAUCAAAUUGUUAUUGUUUCCCAAUUAAUUCAUUUUGCUUCUGUUCAGAAAAUUCGUUAAAUUGGAAUCAAUCAGAAAUUAUUAUGAAUGAAAGACUAAUGCAUCCUUCAACAAAAAAGCAUCAUGCUAGUAAUAAUAAUAAUAAUAAUACUCUAAACAAUCCAGCGUUAAAUACACCACCUACAAAUGUAAAACAACAGUAUCAACCAAAUUUUCAGAAUACAUUGAAUCAAACAAUAACUAAUGGUAUGAAACGUGAUAAUGGUAGUUGGUCAACAACUAUAAAUCAUCAUUAUCAUAAUCAUGAUUAUUGUCAACAACAAAGAUAUAGUAUGAUGUUCACAUCGAAAUCCGAUCAAGUUUCAGCUUGUUUAACUAGAGAGCAUGUAGUAGCAUGGUUGACAGCUGGUUUAUUUACUGUUGGUGUUCUUGUUAGUCGACAAGUUGAUGCAGAUGAAUUAAUUCCAGUUUGUGGUGUAGGUCGUCAAAAUACCAAUGUUCUUGGUGCAUUUAUUCUUGGACCUCAAACCGUUCUAAUCACUUUAGGAGGUGUUGCGUUUACAAUUGGUUUCCUGUGUUUGUUACCAUGUUUUCGUAAAUGUAAAUGUUUUUAUUGGUCACAGUAUAAUACUAAUGGGAAUCAAUCAAGUCGACAUCAUUCUGUUCAAUAUAAAAAACAAAAUUAUAAUCAUGGGAUAGAUGGUCAAUCUAUUGACGGUAAUCCCACAUUGACAAGAUCUAUGGUCAACAGAUCUCAUCAUCACUAUCAUCGUCAUCAUCAUCAUUAUCAACCUACAUCUCAUAAUACCCAUCAACCUCAUCAUCAUGCAUACGAUCAUCAGUCUCAUCCACAAUUCCAUAAUCAUUCUUCUCGACGUUUUCACCAAAAUUAUCCUCAACAUUUAUGUUAUACAACCUCAGUGUCAUCAUCUUCAUCAUGUGAUCCAAUGGAAUUUCGUAUUGGGUUAUUCUGUUUUCUAUAUUUAAUCCCAUUAAUUUGCAUGAAUGCCUGUGAUUUAUACGAAUAUUUAUAUCGUGAUAAAUGGUUAACUAUUCCCGAUUAUAAACAUCUGAACGAUCAUAAUACUAAUACGAAUACCAAUAAUUAUGGUAAUAAUAAUAAUAAUAAUCGUAAAUUAAUGAAUAAUCGAUAUCAUAACAUUUAUGGGACAAGAAAUCAUCCAGAGAUAAUGAAUUUUGCAUCAUAUUUAUGGAAUAUUAAUGAAGUAUAUGGUCCAAAUCCAGAAUUAUUUAUGUUACGUAUAUUUAUGUCACUUGUCACUGGAUUCACAUGUAGUUUAUGGAUGUGGACUGUGAAAGGUUGUUGUUGUUCUUAUUUAAAUUAUGAUUGUUGUUUAUGUGUAACAAAUAAUAUUGGAACAUUGAAACAAAAACGGUGGGAAAAUCAAAACUUACUGCAAAAUUCAAAAAUAUUCGAAUUGACUAAACAGAACUAUUUAUGUUCAAAUGAAUUGAUUAAAAAUAAUGAUAAUAAUGGUAAUAAGCAUAUUUUAAAAUCCAAUUUUACACGUACACCUGAUGGUACCACUUAUACACUACAUCCAUAUGCAAUUUAUCAACAUACAAAAACACCAGACAGUUAUCAUUCACAACAAUUAGGGAUAAAUGGACAAUCUGAUCAUCGAUUUCCAAUAAUUGGUUGUUGUAGUAGUACUAGUCAUACUAAUACUACUACUAAUCCUGAUAAAAAUUCUACUAAUAUACCAUCUGUAUUAACUAAAGGUCAUUUAAGCCAAUUAGAUACAAGUUUUGUUGUACGUGAUUUUGAGCAUUCAAAUUCUACUACACCGGGUUAUUACAGCCAUGCAAAAAUUAGUCCAAAUAUGAUUAUUGACUCAAUGAGUGAAGACGCAUCGGCUUCGUCAAUUCCACCACCUUUACCACCAUCUAAUAGUCGACCUCCACGUUUACCUGCACGUGGUGAUCCAUGUGUUGGAGCAUCAUCGAGUCAAGUAUUUGGAUUAAAUAACAAAAUGAAUACAGAUAACUUGGAUAAUCACAUAACUAAUGCCACCAUGAAUAAUAAUAUUAUUAAUUGCAAUAAUAAUAAUAAUAAUGACAAUAGUGAAACUGAAAAUUAUAGUUUAAUUCAAUUUCAAAUCACAAGUUAAUAUGAGUAGUAUAUAAUUGAUUCUCUAAAAUAUCAUGAAAAUGUUUUUAAAUCACAAUCACACUUUGUUUAUGUAAUAUACUUACUUACGCAAGUGAACAAUAUGAUCUUUCAAAUCUGUUUCUUAAGGAAAUCUUAUUUCCUUUCCUUUAUAAUUUCGUUAUUAUAGUUGUUAUUGUCAACACCGUCGUCUUCACUAUAUAUAAAUAGACAGAUAUAUGUUUCAUUGUUACUAGUGUUCUACCAAUAGAUGAGGUCUAUGUAAUUUUUGUCAACUUCCACCUCGGUCCCCUCUCCGACCCACGCCCCUCAAUCAUUGUGAUCAUUCAAAUUGUUAUUAUUUUAUCUUUUGAAUUACAUUGUUUUAUUUUUUUUAUCAUUCAUUUCUCAAAUGGUAGACAUGCAUUUACUUGAUUGUGUAUUUAAUACAAUAUUCUCUCUUCUCUUCCCAAGUGUAUAUUCAUAACAAGACUUCAAG